CGACUCCAGAGGCUGCUGGGACAGUGUCACAGUAAACCUCUCUCUCUCUCUCUCUCCAUGUCACUCGUCCCUCCAGUAUCCGUCACUCCCCGCGGCUAAUUCUGUCAGAGCCGGAGGGGGUUGGGGGUCAACAUUCAGGCUCCUCCAGCAACAACCCUCAGCCCCAAUCAGGCAGACCGUCUGUCCUCCCACAGCCUCAUCCACUGGGACCGGACGCAGCUCUCUGGACUACCGCACAAUGUUUUGGACUCCUUCCUGUGUCAAGAAUCUGUGACUUCUACAAAGUGGGAUCCCCAGAACCGACCAAACCCAUGUCACUGCUCCAUGAGAAUUCAACACUGGGAUUAAAUUCUGCAAAGAAUCUGAAGGAUUAACUCUGGGAUUAAAACUUCUAUUUCCAAGCAAUGACUGAAACAGCUGAAGCGCGGCUAUCUACAACCACGACCAUGGUAAUUGACAAAAAUGUUGAUGCUGGCUCAACGCCUGUGCGAACGCCAAAGAGAACUUUCACCGAUGACCUCUACUCUACGUUCAGCUCCCCACUGGCCUGGAUCUUGGUUUUGGCACUCAUCAUUACAUGGUCCUGCGUUUUCGUCAUCAUCUUUGACCUGACGGCCUACAAAAGCAUUUCGGGUCGCCCUCUUCCUGCCAUCAGGAAAGUUUUAAAGGAAUCAGGGCAGAGAGGAAGUCUGAGUAAAAUCAGCUCAGACCCCAUGAAGGCGGUGAACGAUGUCGUGGAUGAGUCAACAAGCGUGUUGGGCGCCAUGUUUAGAUUCGCUGUCAACAUUAUCGCUCCUGAUGAAGAUGAAGGAAAUCUGUACGCAGUGAGAAAAAAAGGAGAAUUCCUGCCAUCUCGAAGUAAAGUUAUAGGGAUGCAAGCUGAGAAGCAAGCAGUGGUUCCAACAAAGGAGCACGAGGAGGAAGGAGAUGAAGUGGAGGCUGCUGAAGAAGAGGAGGAAGAAUAC